CAAAAAUGCUAGCAGACUUCUGACAGUUCGAUCCUAAUCUCGAUUCUCGAUUUCUUGAAGAAUCUGGAAAAAUAACCUACUCAUCUACCGGAUUAAAUAAAAUUUAAAUGGAACACGGCUCAUAAAACAUCUAGAUCUGUUAUAGGACUAUAAAAAUGCACACUGCCAGUAGUUUGUUGCGGAACAGUUUCCUCAACCCGACGUUGAAGUCGACGGUGGUUCGUAGUGUAACAAAAGUUGCAUCACACGGUAAACCGGUGCAAAGGUUGUGUUAUUCUGGGGUAGCUGGUGCUAGGGGUGCGCGGAUAUGUAGUUAUAACAGUACUUAUUUGAGUCCGAGUAAGCAAGUGGGAUUUGGGAGGUAUUUUUCGACCAAUAAGAAUGACCCCCCUGAUGAGGAUCCUGAGCCUAAAGAUGAGACGCCGCUGUUCAGCAGUCAUCUCCCGGCGACGGUGGCCGUGCCUGAAGUGUGGCCACAAGUGCCCGUCAUCGCCAUCAACAGGAAUCCCGUCUUCCCGCGGUUUAUUAAACUUAUUGAGAUAUCAAACCCAGCUUUAAUAGACUUAAUAAGACGUAAAGUAAAACUGAACCAGCCUUAUGUUGGUAUAUUUUUACGUAAGAAAGAAGAUGAGAAGUCCGAUGUUGUGUCCAACUUAGAUGACUUGCAUCAAGUGGGUGUGUUCGCACAGAUCCAUGAGAUGCAAGAUAUGGACUAUAAGCUUAGACUAGUUGUGAUGGCUCACAGACGAAUUAAGAUCACUGGACAGUUCAUCGAAGAUGAGAUCGAAAGUGGGCCUGCUGAAUCUGAUGCGGAGCGGCGUCGGCGCAAGUAUCGAAACACGAGGAAGCAAGUCAAGGAGCCGGCAGCAGCUGAAGACGCUGCCAAGGAACCGAAGGAAGCUAAGAAACCUGCUCCUGAUCAAGUUAUGAUGGUCAAGGUGGAGAACUUGAUGCAUGAGAAGUUCCAGCAGACUGAGGAGGUGAAGGCCUUGACCCAGGAGGUCAUUAAGACCAUUAGGGAUAUUAUUAAUUUAAAUCCUUUGUACAGGGAAUCCUUGCAUCACAUGUUGGCACAAGGCCAGCGAGUGGUAGACAACCCGGUGUACCUGUCGGACCUGGGCGCGGCGCUCACUGGCGCGGAGCCGGCUGAGCUGCAGGCUGUUCUAGAGGAAAUGGAUAUACCAAAGAGGUUGAUGAUGUCCCUCUCGCUCCUAAAGAAGGAGUUCGAACUAUCUAAGCUGCAAGCUAAAAUCGGCAAAGAGGUUGAGGAGAAAGUGAAGCAACAACAUCGAAAGUAUAUCUUACAUGAACAGCUUAAGGUAAUAAAAAAAGAGCUAGGCCUAGAGAAAGACGACAAGGAUGCCAUCGGAGACAAGUUCAAGGAGCGGCUGGCUGACAAGAAGGUACCGCAGGCGGUACAGACUGUUAUCGACGAGGAACUCAACAAGUUGAACUUCUUGGAAAGCCAUAGCUCUGAGUUCAAUGUAACCCGUUGCUACCUAGACUGGCUAACCUCUCUACCUUGGGGAGUGACGUCAGAAGAGAAUCUCAAGCUCAAAGAUGCACAAGUGAUACUCGAUGAAGACCACUACGGCAUGGAAGAUAUAAAGAAACGGAUAUUGGAGUUCAUAGCCGUGUCGCAACUGAAGGGCUCUACUCAGGGCAAGAUAUUGUGCUUCCAUGGACCUCCUGGUGUUGGUAAAACUAGUAUAGCUCGUUCGAUCGCCCGGGCGCUCAACAGACAAUACUUCAGAUUCUCAGUGGGAGGUAUGACAGACGUUGCGGAGAUCAAAGGACACAGACGGACAUACGUGGGAGCUAUGCCCGGUAAACUGGUGCAGUGCUUGAAGAAGACUGGAACUGAGAACCCACUGGUGCUUAUUGAUGAGGUGGACAAAAUUGGCAAGGGUGUUCACGGCGACCCAUCAUCAGCUCUCCUAGAACUCUUGGACCCGGAACAGAACGCGAACUUCCUGGACCACUACCUGGACGUGCCGGUGGACCUGUCCAAGGUGCUGUUCAUCUGCACGGCUAAUGUGGUGGAACAUAUUCCUGAACCACUGCGGGAUAGGAUGGAACUUAUUGAUAUGUCUGGUUACGUAGCAGAAGAGAAGUUAGCGAUAGCCCAGCAGUACCUGGUACCGACGGCGCGUAAGAACUGCGGCCUGAGCGAGGCCCAACUGGAACUGACGGCCGAGUCGCUGCACGCGCUCAUCCGGUCCUACUGCAGGGAGAGCGGCGUCAGGAACCUGCAGAAACAUAUUGAGAAGAUAGCCCGAAAAGUAGCAUACAAGAUAGUCAAGGAAGAGACUCAAUCAAUGAAAGUAACGGAAGCGAAUCUGACAGAGCUAGUUGGGAAGCCCACCUUCAAACACGAUCGCAUGUACGACAUCACACCGCCAGGAGUUGUUAUGGGACUCGCCUGGACUGCUAUGGGUGGCAGCACAUUAUUCAUAGAGACAGCGAUCCGCAAUGCGGCAACAGAUGACAAGUCUCCGUUCGGGUCCAUGGAGCUGACCGGUCACCUCGGGGACGUCAUGAAGGAGUCGGCCAGGAUCGCGCUCACUGUCGCCAGGAAUUACAUGGCUACUUACUACCCGGAGAACAAGUUCUUGAAUACUAGCCACAUCCACCUGCACGUGCCGGAGGGCGCGACCCCGAAGGACGGUCCGUCGGCGGGCGUGACCAUCGCCACGGCGCUGACGUCGCUGGCGCUGCGCCGCGCCGUGCGCCCCGACCUCGCCAUGACGGGCGAGAUCUCGCUCACCGGCCGCGUGCUGCCCGUCGGCGGGAUCAAGGAGAAGAUUAUUGCGGCUAAGCGCGCCGGAGUCAGUUGUGUAGUCCUUCCCGAGGAGAACAGACGCGACUACGACGACCUGCCGGCCUUCAUACGGGAAAAGGUGGACAUACACUUUGUCAGCGAUUUCGACGAGGUUCUCAAGAUCGCCUUCGAUCAACAACAACAGGUUCAAUCAUAGACUGUAGCCCUUACUACUUAAGGUUUAGUUUAGUUUGCCAGUAGACAUCUUCUAAUAAGUCAAAGUAGGCUUUAAUAGAUAUUGGAUUAUUAUAGAAUUGGUGGAAUGUUUUUAUAUGGAAUUGGGAAUGAGACAAUAUUUAUAUGUAUAUAAUAUGUUUCAUAGUUAUUUGUAAGAGAAAAUGUUUAUAACUUGAGAGGCAGCACUUUAUUUUUAUUCGCCAAACUUUCUCAGUACCACUUCCAUCAAUUCUGGGCAUUUUAUUCUUGAAAUUGUAGCUUUUUUGAUGAUUUUGUUGCAGUGUAGUGUAUGUGCACUUAAACAUUAUUGAAAUUAUUGAAAAGUAGUGUAUUUUAUACUACUUCCAGUAUUAAUGACCAAAAACAACAGCAAAUAUCUUAGUAGUAGAUCAGCUACAAUUGUAAAUCAUCAAAUAAUAAAAUUCAGGGUUGGAUUAGGAUCUAUGAAUAAACAAAACUUAAACAAACAAAUAAGUUCCAUAAUCACAAUCCGACCCUGAAAAAACAUCACAACUUGACUCCAGUACAGUAGAAGACAUGUCCAAUGUUAUUAUAAGUCUAUGCAUUUGUUCAUUAUAAGUACCUAUGUAUGAAGUAUGUAGAUAUUGCUAUGUAGAUGUGUGUAUGUGCUUGUUGGUCAGUACAUUAUUAUAUUAUGUUGUUGAAUGGAAUUAAAUAUUUUUCUUUUUUUU